UCGCUGCAGGACGUGAGCUUCUCCCUGCCCGCCGGCUCGCGCACCCUCCUCCUCGGCGCCAACGGCGCGGGCAAGUCGACGCUCCUCUCGGUGCUCGGAGGCAAGCACAUGGUCGAGGAGGGCAUGGCGCGCGUGCUCGGCCGGCCCGCCUUCCACGACACGUCCCUCGCAACGGAGCUGGCGCUGCUGACCGGAAACUGGACGCACACGGUCGCCUUUGUGGGGCACAACGUCCCCUACCAGGCGAUGGAGGUCUCGCGCCUCAUCGAGUCGCACUCUGUCGGCGUCGACGCGACGCGAGUGCAGCGGCUGGUCUCGCUGCUCGAGGUGGACUCGAGUUGGAACCUGACGACAGUCUCGGACGGGCAGCGGCGGCGCGUGCAGAUCCUGUGCAAGCUGCUCAAGCCCUCGUCCGUCCUCCUCCUCGACGAGAUCACCACCGACCUCGACCUGCUCGCGCGGCAGGUGGCACUG